AGUUACAGUGACAUUGACACCACCUCAUAGAUUCAUAGUCAUACUUGCUUCUUCAAUCUUCAUUGCAUUCUUCAUUCCUGCAACUGUCAAACAAAAACUCCAUUAAUUCCUUGCAUGCCAUCCAUUCCAAAUUCAAAUUCCAAUUCCAAUUCCAAUUCCCUUCGAUUAUUCAAAACCCAAAACUUUGAAAACCUCAAAAUACAUUGAAUCUUCUUUAAUUGAAAAAGAAGCUUCCUCCCAAUAACACCAAGCUUGGAAUAACAUUCACACCUGCUUUGCCUACCACCACAUGAAACGAAAAUAAAAACCUAACCCUCAAAAGAAAUCACAUCAAAGUUUCAACUUUUGAAUCAAUAAAGAAAAAAUUGACACGAACCCCACUAAUCUCUCCUUUCUCGCUUUCUCUACAAUAGUGAUAUCUGUCACCUUCAAUUGCGACUUUGCAGUUUGCACCACUUUACCGCAUUGCAACUUUCUCUUUCGUGUGUAUAAAAAUCAAAGCUUUUUUGUUUGGGCCCCUUUUCCUUUUGUGGUAUGAAUCAAGUUGGUGGGACAAAGGGCCCAGUGGUGGAGGUCGUGGAGGACGAGGAGCCGGAGGCUGUGGCUGAGGCUCAAGAGAAGAAUGAAGCAGUGGAAUUGAGUGGUGAACAGAAGCAGCCACCUGUGGAGAAUCCAAUGGAGGAAGACCCAGUCACCACCACCCCUGCUACAGUUUUUUGCAUUAGGCUUAAGCAACCAAAGUCCCAUUUGCUCCACAAGAUGAGUGUCCCUGAAGUUUGCCGCAAUUUCAGUGCAGUUUCCUGGUGUGGAAAACUGAAUGCUAUAGCUUGUGCCUCUGAAACAUGUGCUAGAAUUCCCAGCUCAACUGCAAAUCCACCAUUUUGGAUCCCUAUACAUAUUGUGAUCCCAGAGAGGCCUACUGAAUGUGCAGUAUUCGAUGUCCUAGCAGAUUCUCCUCGUGAUUCUGUACAGUUUAUUGAGUGGUCCCCUACUUCUUGUCCCCGUGCAUUAUUGAUAGCUAAUUUUCAUGGGAGGGUAACUAUUUGGACUCAACCAUCUCAAGGGCCAGCUAAUCUUGUACGUGAUACUAGCUACUGGCAGCUUGAGCAUGAGUGGCGACAAGAUAUUGCAGUUGUUACAAAGUGGCUAUCAGGGGUGUCUCUGUAUAGGUGGCUUUCAUCUAAGUCUAGCGGUGCUGCCAAUUCGAAGUCAAUAUUUGAGGAAAAGUUUCUUUCACAACAGUCUCAAACCUCAGCUAGAUGGCCCAAUUUUCUUUGUGUGUGUUCUGUGUUCUCAUCAGGCUCGGUUCAACUUCACUGGUCACAGUGGCCUCAUUGCCAGAAUGCAGCACCAGCUAGAUGGUUUUGCACUAGUAAAGGGCUACUGGGUUGUGGACCCAGUGGCAUUAUGGAUGCUGAUGCUAUCAUCACGGACAGUGGUGCCAUGCAUGUCGCAGGUGUGCCAAUUGUGAAUCCAUCCACCGUUGUUGUUUGGGAGGUUAUGCCUGGUCCUGGAAAUGGUUUCCAAGCAACUCCGAAGACAAGUAUCAAUAACUGUGCCCCACCUCUUAGUCCACCAAACUGGAGCGGAUUUGCCCCUUUAGCUGCCUAUUUGUUUAGUUGGCAAGAUUAUCUGAUAUCUGAAGAAAAGCGAGGGAAAAAGCUAACAGACCAAAAUAUUGGGGAUUCUAUACCACUUCACUGCUCCCCAGUUUCGAAUUUUUCAGCAUAUGUGAGUCCUGAAGCUGCAGCGCAAUCUUCUGCAGCCACGACAUGGGGCUCUGGUGUAACAGCAGUAGCCUUUGAUCCAACUCGAGGUGGCUCCGUGAUAGCUGUUGUGAUAAUUGAGGGACAGUACAUGUCCCCUUAUGAUCCAGAUGAGGGGCCAUCAGUUACAGGGUGGAGAGUGCAACGCUGGGAAUCAUCUUUACAACAUGUUGUCCUCCAUCCAAUAUUUGGAAACCCUACUUCCAGUAUGGGUGGACAGCCUCCUAUGCAAACUGUUUGGCAGUCCAAAGUGGACCUGAGCAUUCCCCCAACAAAUGACUUCAAGAAUCAUCGAACACAUGCAGUUGGAAUGAAAACUAAUGUGCAAAAGGUAUCCGAAUCUAGUUUUAAAGGCGUAACUUUUGAUCCUUUUGAUCUUCCAAGUGAUGUUAGGACACUUGCCCGUGUUGUUUAUGCUGCUCAUGGUGGUGAAAUUGCCAUUGCUUUUCUUCGGGGUGGAGUCCACAUAUUUUCUGGUCCAAAUUUUGCACCUGUAGACAACUAUCAGAUUACUGUAGGAUCUGCAAUUGCUGCUCCUGCGUUUUCUUCAACGAGUUGCUGUUUAGCUUCUGUUUGGCAUGACACAUGCAAGGAUCAAACAGUAUUGAAAAUAAUCCGGGUUCUUCCUCCUGCUAUCCCAACUAGUCAAGUAAAGGCCAACUCUUCAACAUGGGAGCGUGCAAUUGCUGAAAGGUUUUGGUGGAGCCUUUUGGUUGGAGUUGAUUGGUGGGAUGCUGUGGGCUGUACACAGAGUGCGGCUGAAGAUGGUAUUGUCUUGGAUGCAGAUUUCCAUUCUCUUCCUUCUGCUCAGCACAGACAGCAGUAUUGUCCUAGUCUAGAUAGGAUAAAGUGUAGGCUACUUGAAGGAGCAAAUGCUCAAGAGGUCAGGGCAAUGGUUCUGGAUAUGCAAGCUAGGUUGUUGUUGGAUAUGCUUGGUAAGGGAAUUGAGUCUGCUUUAAUAGAUCCUUCAGUUUUAGUGCCUGAUCCUUGGCAAGUAUCUAGUGAUACACUAUCGAGAAUUGAUGCCCAAGCUGUAUCUGUUGAACCAGCACUAAUGCCAAGUAUUCAGGCCUAUGUCGAUUCUGUGCUUGAUCUGGCUUCACAUUUUAUCACCCGGUUGCGGCGUUAUGCAAGUUUCUGUCGUACAUUAGCAACUCAUGCUGUGACUGCAGGGACUGCUAGUAACCGAAAUAUUGUUCCUAGUCCUGCUGCCCAAAGUUCUGCAACUCCUGCACCUAGUCAAGGAGCACAAAAUGGGACUACCAGUUCUAGUGGAACCCCACAGAUGCAAGCUUGGGUACAAGGUGCUAUUGCCAAGAUUAGUAACCCAGCUGAUGGUGUGUCCAACCCAACUCCUAACCCUCCAAUCACUGGUCCUCCGUCAUUUAUGCCCAUUAGUGUUAACACAGGAACUUUUCCUGGAACACCUGCAGUUAGGCUUAUCGGGGACUGUCACUUCCUUCAUAGAUUAUGCCAACUUUUGCUCUUCUGUUUUUUCUUCCGACGAGCACAACUCCCCCGCUAUGCUGGUGGUGCGCAUAGAACUGCUGAUGCAAAUGCACAGAAACCUCAACCUAAUGCUUCUGCUCCAGGCAACGUGGAUGAGGUUGCAAAACCAGUGUCAACUGUAGUUAAGUCUGAUGAUGGUCAGACAAAUCGAACUGGUCAGGUUGUGCCUGGGGCAAAAGGAACUGAAGAACCAACUUCUGGGCGGUCAAGAGUUGGUACUGGAAAUGCUGGUCAAGGAUAUACGUUUGAGGAGGUCAAAGUUCUUUUUCUCAUUCUUAUGGAUCUCUGUCGGCGAACUUCUGGGCUGCAACACCCGUUACCAGUUUCUCAGGUGGGAAGCAGCAACAUUCAGGUUCGGCUGCAUUAUAUUGAUGGGAACUACACUGUACUGCCAGAAGUUGUCGAAGCAUCCCUUGGCCCACACAUGCAGAACAUGCCCCGUCCUCGAGGUACUGAUGCUGCCGGUCUUCUACUACGCGAGCUAGAACUCCACCCUCCAGCAGAGGAGUGGCAUAGACGAAAUAUGUUUGGUGGACUUUCGUCUGAUCCAAAUGAUGUGGGUCCUGCAAAUAAACUUGUUAGUUCAAGUCCACGUGAUUUGAGCUCAUUGGAAAAUUGUGAUGUCUACCAUGGAGCCCAUGCCAUAUGGCCUCGUAAGCGCAGGAUGUCUGAACGAGAAGCAGCUUUUGGGUUGAAUUCUUCUGUUGGUCUGGGAGGAUAUCUUGGUAUAAUGGGAUCACGAAGAGACGUCGUUACUGCAUUAUGGAAGACUGGGCUAGAAGGGGUCUGGUACAAGUGCAUAAGAUGUCUGCGGCAGACCUGCGCUUUCACGUCGCCGGGUUCAACCAACCCUCCUAGUCAAAAUGACCGGGAAAUCUGGUGGAUCAGCCGCUGGACUCAUGGGUGCCCAAUAUGCGGCGGAACGUGGGUCCGAGUUGUAUAGCCGGCUUCAUUUAAAGUUUGUUAACACACAAGUUUCUCUAAAGUGAAGAAGCAUUGCAUAUAUUUAUGGCUAACUAGAUGUAGAUGGAAUGCUGACUGGAAUUGUAUAUUAGAGAAGUUGUAUAUUUAUUACAGGUUCAUUUCUCAGUCAUGUAUUCGUUUUUUGGUUCCAGAUCCAAUUAUUCUGUAGUCAUUCAAGUCAAAUCAUGGAGAUAGUUGUUUCUUCAGGGUAAAUAAAUAAUAGCUCUUUUAAGGAAAUUUUUAUUUUUGGUAACAUUUAAAAGUUUGAGUUGAGUUACCAAUAUGGCAAUAUCUGAUGUCAUUCAAGGAAAAAUUAUUGAAGAAAUGGAGUUGAACUUCUGAUUACAUGCAAAUUUGCUAUAAUUUUUUUAUACUUUAAUUUUGUCCCAUCUUUGAUGAAUUGCUAUAUUGCAAAAUGAGUUUGGCCGUUACAAAAUAACUUCUCUUUACAUAUAUUUGUGGCAAUUUAGGAUGUCAAUUUUUAAAAGCUUUGAUGUUGAUCAUUACUGUUAGGUAGUUUUGAAUGCAUUUUUUUUAACUGUUUAUUCAUAUAUAUACACCCUUCAAACUGCAAAAGUAGAACCUAAUGUUAUUCAUAUUCAAUCCUGAAGGAAGCAGGAAUAUGUACAUAGAUGAACCAAACAAGAAAAGUACACAAAUAAAAGGGUUAAAAUCAAGUGAUCCCCCCAUUACAAUAAGUUGCUCUCAGCCAAAAGAAAAAAUAAAGAAAAAGGCUUGGGUUAUGUUUGAUCAAAUUUAGUGAAUUUGGUUUAGCCCCAAGUGGCCCAAUUAGCUUCA